CGUGACGUCACUAGUUGCACUUCUCCUUCGUGCUUCCUGUACAAUGGCCGCUCGCAGGGAGGCGGACAGUAAUGCCAGAGACUAGUAAAUGAACGCGUGUGUUGGAGUGUGUACAGUAGGAUGGCGGUGACACAGCUAAUACGGCUGUUAGUCUGUCGACCGGCUGCUCGUGCGACACUAUACGCGCACCGGAGUUACAGCAAGGUGUCCCCACUUUUAGCUGAGCGACUGCACAUCUUUGAGUCACUCAGGGAGAGACGAGGCAGUGUGAAGAGAGCUGAAGCUUCAGAGAAGACCCUCAGCAUUCGACUGGCUGGUGGCCAAACAGUGAAAGGAACAGCUGGUGUGACUACACCACUCAUUGUUGCUCAGAGUGCUCGGUUGAAGGGAGCAUUGGUGAGUAAGGUGAAUGGGCAGCUGUGGGAGCUUGGACAACCUCUAGAGGUCGACUGUGAACUACAAAUUCUGGGAUUCGACACAGAAGAGGGAAAACAGGCAGCCUGGAGGACAGCAGCAUGUGUCCUGGGUGCGGUGUUGGAGCAGGCUUUUGGUGCCAACGUGUUCAGAGAAGGCGCGUCAGAGCUCGGUUUUUACUGUGACCACCUGCAGAAUAACAGUGCCUCGUCUCUGAACGACAUAGAGGACAGAUGUAAGGACACCGCUGCCCUCAAACUUCCUUUGUCCACACUGGAGCUGAAUGUAGAAGAGGUGCGAGAGCUCUUCCAGAGCAGCAAGUUGAGGCUGCAGCUUGUUGAGGAGCAGAUGAAUGGCCCCACCGUGACAGCAUACAGGUGUGGAGACAGCAUAGGGGUCUGUAAUGGCCCCCUCCUCCCACACACUGGCCUUCUCAAGGUCUUCAAGAUGCUUCAGCUUUCUCCCGUGACCCUGGCCAAUCAGACGGAGUCAUCAGGUUUGAUGCGUCUGUUAGGGGUUGCCUUUCCAGGAGUGAAGGACAAAGAAGAGUGGGAAAGGGAGCAGGAGGAGGCGAGGAGGAGGGACCACAGGCGCAUUGGCACAGAUCAGGACCUGUUCUUCUUCAAUGAUGUCAGUCCAGGCAGUUGCUUCUUCUUACCCAAAGGAGCACACAUUUACAACAAACUUACUGACUUUAUUAAGAGUGAAUACCAAAGGCGAGGCUUUACCGAGGUCAUGACCCCAACUCUGUACAGCACUGCAUUAUGGGAGCGCUCUGGCCACUGGGAGCACUACAGCGAGAACAUGUUUACUGUGACUUCAGAGGGCUCACAAACCUACGCUCUCAAGCCCAUGAACUGCCCUGCACACUGUCUUAUGUUUGAGCAGCGUGUUCGCUCGUGGAGGGAGCUUCCUCUACGAUGGGCAGAUUUCGGGGCCCUGCAUCGCAACGAGCUCUCGGGAGCGCUGGGCGGUCUGACUCGUGUCCGCAGGUUCUGCCAGGACGAUGCUCACAUCUUCUGCACACCUGAGCAGCUGGAAGAGGAGAUCGUGGCUUGUUUGGACUUUGUGAGGAGUGUGUAUCAAGUGUUUGGCUUUUCUUUCCACUGUCUCCUCUCUACACGGCCUACACCGUGCUUAGGGGAGCCUGAACAGUGGGAUAGUGCAGAGCAGCAGUUGGAGAGAAGUCUGCAACACUUUGGUGAACACUGGGAGUUGAACCCAGGAGACGGAGCCUUCUAUGGACCAAAGAUUGACAUUCAGAUCAAAGAUGCCAUUGGAAGACAACAUCAGUGUGCCACAAUCCAGUUGGACUUCCAGUUGCCCAUUAGAUUUGACCUUCAGUAUGUCGGGCAAGAUGGACAGUUGCACAGACCAGUGAUGAUCCACAGAGCCGUGCUGGGGUCACUGGAGAGAAUGAUCGCUAUACUCGCCGAGAACUUCGGAGGGAAAUGGCCGCUGUGGUUAUCACCAGCACAGGUCAUGGUCAUUCCUAUAGGGGGCAGCAGUGAGUCUUAUGCUCGGCAGGUGGCGCUGCAGUUCCGUGAGGCUGGCUUCAUGGCUGAUUUCAAUGAGGAUCAGGGAGCGACCUUAAAUAAGAAGAUUCGCUCUGCUCAGUUGGCUCAGUACAACUACAUAUUUGUGGUGGGAGACAAGGAGAGUGAAAGUGGAACAGUGAAUGUGAGGAACAGACGGGGUAAACAGCUUGGGAUGAGAACAACAGAGGAGGCGCUGACCUCUCUCACACAACUACAAGACUCCAGGAGCAAUCUAGAGGAGUUUUGACGAAAAUGUCCCGGAAAUAAUGAGUCACUGAUGUAAUUAAUGUUUGUUUUACACGUUCCAGCUGUUUUCUUUCACCUUUGUCCAAAGCGCCUGCUAAGAUUUGUAGUAAACUCAUAAAAAUCAA